AAUUUCGGACCUUUUUUGCACAAAAGGACACUUUAAGAACAAAAUAAAGUGGAUUCAGCAUGUGUGGACCAACUGAUGCUGCAGUUUGCCACAGCCACCUCACUGCUGCAGAAGUCCAGCUCUGAAUGGAACAUCAAUUUAUUCAUUUUGUGUUGAUUGGUCCUUCCAUCACACAAUGCAUAUGCAUCCUUGGGGACUGUAAUCGUGAAUCACGUGGACAUGACCGAGGGAGUGCGUGGGGGGUUUGUUGGAUAAGAAAUUGUCAUUUGUAUUGACCAACAGUGCUGACCACUGCAGGGGAGCUAAAAGCAGCGAUCCCGGAGAGAACAGCAGUGGGAACUGGGACCGAACUGGCCCACAGGCAUGGCAGAAGGUAAACCUGAACGUCGGGAUGCUUUUUGCAGAGUUUUAUCUUUAAAGCGUGCUCGGAGUGCCUUAUGGAGGGGCAGGGUUUGGUUGCAUUGUUUGGAAUGUUAUUGGGGUGUGAGGUAGUGGAAGUGGAGGUGGUGGUGGAGAUUCUUCAGCAAAAAUUCUCCCCCUCCCCACUUCUCAUUGUUGAGCAGAGGAGGGGGGGAUAGGUUGCCAGCCCCCUUUUGUUUACCUCCCUCUCCCGCUUUCCCUCUCGCUGCGCAGCUUCUGCUUUUCGCAGCAUUUUGCAUGAAAGUGGCAGUCUGUGCGGAUUACCCAGCUUGAGGGCUACAAAUAAAAAAAAAGAAAAGAAAAAAAAAGAAAGAAAAUAUUGUAUCUUGGGUGCUAAUUUUUGACUCAAGGCUGAGGCAGAAGACAUGGGUUCCGUUUCUAACCAGGAGUUCCCAGGUGGAGUAAACUUCACGAGCAGCACGUUAAUGUUCCGAGUUAAUUAAGCUGUUUUCGGAUCGACUGUCUCACUCAUUGUAAAGGAGAGUUUUAAGGCAUUGUUCGCACACGUGACGAGCAUUGCGCUCAAAUUUGACCCUUUAAAUAGUUGCAUUUUCUGAAAGUUUUGUGCACAUUUGAAUGCAAGUUUUACGCAUUUUUUUUUUUUUUUAAGUUUUGCGCGUGUUUCUUGAACAAUAUUGUGCAACUGCUGGUUUUUAAAUCGAACAUAUUUACUGAAGCCUCAGCAUGGCGUGCUCAGUCAUUGAUUCGUAUCGAUUACCGAUCCGCAGAAAUUAACAUUUUUAAAUUUACAGAUUUCCUUUUUGUUGGUUAAAGCCGGGCGAGUGUUUUCUUUUUCUUUUUUUUUUUGUAAUCUUUAUAUUUGGAACUUAAGAGUGAACAAAUGUUGAAUUUGCAGGAGUGUGCAAGACGGAGGGAGAUGAGGGACCGAGCACAGAGGAAGACACGCAGUCCUUCCACGGGGUCGGGGUGUGCAAGUGGUUCAACGUCCGCAUGGGCUUCGGGUUCCUGUCCAUGACCAACAGAGAGGGAGUGCCGCUGGACGAACCGGUUGAUGUGUUUGUCCAUCAGAGCAAGCUGCACAUGGAAGGUUUCCGCAGCCUGAAGGAAGGCGAAGCGGUCGAGUUUACCUUCAAGAAGUCAUCGAAGGGCCUCGAGUCGCAGCGGGUUACUGGACCGGGCGGCAUCCACUGUGUGGGCAGCGAGCGGAGACCCAAAGGCAAAAAGGUCCAAAAGCGCCGCUCAAAGGGAGACAGAUGUUAUAACUGCGGAGGCCUGGAUCAUCACGCCAAAGAGUGCAAGUUACCACCCCAGCCCAAGAGGUGCCACUUCUGCCAGAGCAUCGAGCACAUGGUCGCCAGCUGUCCAGUAAAAGCACAACAGUCCUCACCGGUUUCUCAGGGAAAACCGUCCCCCUUGAAAGGAGACGAGGAGGAACACAGCCAGCCGGCGCCACCUCCUGAAACCUCUGAUUAAAUGGGAGAUUGAGCCUCGCCGAAGCACAGAAGCCAAUCAAAUUGCUUUGACGGUUGAGAGAGGGGACACAAUUCUCCUCCCUAGCUGUUGAAGCUGCUUUUGGAAUUCCCUCAGGUUAAAAACACUCAUGAAGAAUGUUUUCUUUAUUAUUUUUUUAUUUGGUGUAACACUCAGGAAUAAUGCUUCGUUGUUGCACUCAGGAAGUUUAAAUGUGUGAAUUCUUGCUACCAGGAAAGGUAUUCCAAAAACAUUGGAAUACAUAGAGAUAAAACUGAAUGGUGUUCACAGGCAUUUGCAGAUUUCUUUUAUGUAACUGCACUUCCCUUGUGAGCUGUAUUAAUCAAUUUUGUUUGCAUUAUACUCAAUGUGUUGAGAAUAGACCUAAACUUUUGCUGCCUUACUAUUCAGUAUCCUUCCUGACUGUUACACCUUUCUGUCGACAAAGCACAGAUGUACCGGACAGUGUCUCUGUGAUGAAUGU